AGCAACUAAAGAAAGAAUCAAGAAUGCAGAGCAGAGUUAAAUUUUAGUUGAUCUUGUGACAGAGUUCAUCAAUCAAAUAAAUUUAAAGUAGUUUGAAUAAAAGUAAAAUAAAAAAUUGUAAAUUCAAAGAGCCAACAAAAUGUCUCUACGUGAUGUAUUGUACGUCAAAGAAAGGAAUAACUCUGAUGGGGAAGACGAAGAAGGCGACGAGGACAUUUGGGAUGAUCGGAAACUCAACGACGCUUACGACAAAGCCUUAAAAAUGGCAAAUGCUGAAGUCGCCAAACGCAUUGCUAUGGCCACAAAUUCUCAAAGUAAAAUCAAAUCAGGAAGCUCCCCAAGUAAAAAAGCAAAGGAGUCCAAGUCUAAUACUCACAAUCAGAAAAAGAAUGUAAAUUUUUUGCCUGACACUCCAUGCCGAGCUAUCUAUGAGGAGGACGGCCAAGAGUAUGAAGCUACCGUGCUGUAUCCUUGUAAUACCAAUUCCACUUUUGUAAAAUUUGUAGGUUACAAUAAUGUAGAAGCUGUGCCAAACCGUUUACUAAAGCCUUCACUCGGUGAAGAGGCUCGGGCUAAGCAAAUGGAGGAAGCUUUGGCUUUAGACGAGCAAUCCAAUAGCCACAUGAGUCGGUCUUCGCAGGCGGGAAGCCUUACAGGAAACAGUGAGCAAGGAGAGGAAGUUACCAGGGACACAGACGCAUCCAGCAAAGGCUCAAAAGCUCCAAAAAAGAAAAAGCAGCCCAAAAACAAGAAACUAUAUCGGCCAGAAAUGCCGUUCCCAAUUCCCGACUUGUCUACGUUAAUGUCCACGGGCUUUGAGGACAUGCCGCUGCCCCCACCACCUCCAGUGGCGUUCCCUUGUUCCAGUAAGGAUUCAGAGGAGCAAAUAAUGUCGUCAAUGUUGAUCACCUGGUACAUGAGUGGAUAUUAUGCGGGAUUGUACCAAGGACUCAAAAGAUCCAAGGAAAAUGGAAAGAAAAAAUAGAUGAACAAUCAGAUUGUUGGUAUAAAAAAAAACAGGGUAAAUUUAAUUUUUUAAAUUUUUACUCUCACAAGAACUACGUACAUUAUGAUAUUAAUAAAUAAUUUCAUGCCUCCUGGUUGUAUUCUAUGUACAAAAUAUACAUGUCGAUAUUUAAAAUGGUUUUCAAUUUAUAUAAUUUAUAACAUUUUCUUAUGUAUUUCUUUUUAUGAUUUUAGUCUUUAUACAAUUAAAUUGCAGUAUUAUAAUUCAAUUUUGACAAAGUAUGUUUGACAUAUUUCCUACUUCGUAAAUCUUUAUAUUACUAGGAUAAAAUUAUUUUUCACGUCUAUAUUUUUUACGAUCAGGCAGAUGCUUACAAUAAUUUUAUGAAGAAAAAAUUUCUUAAACAAGUGCCUCAUAAAUUAACCACCUUUCAAAAAGAGGUACUCGUUUGUACCGUUAAUUCGUAUAGAAUCAUAAAAAAUAUCAAUACAUCGUGAGAUAUAUAAUGGAGUUAAUUUGUGGAAGUUUUCAUAAGCGGUGGGAUAUUGUAUGGAAUAUUGAUUGUAUAUGAUGAUGUCCCAAAGUUAUUCAGUAAAAAAACAUAUUUUAAAAGAAAUAUACAUGAAAUCAGUGCAACCCGACUUCUAAAUGGAGUGGCAGCUAUUUCGAAAUGCUUUUAACAAAAUGUCGUGAAAUAACACCAAAACAAAUUUAAACAGCAAGUUAAAAUAUAUUGAAGUGUUCAUAAGGUUCAAUUUAUAAAGUACUAAUGUUGUAGGUUCAGUCAAGGAUACUGAGCAAAGUUACGAAAAAACCCUUAAAUAGUUUUUAUGCAAAUAUGUGUUAUUCAUCUUAAUAAUGUGGGUACAAAUUAAUAACAAAUAUUUUAGUCACUGCAUUUUGAAUAAUGUAUAGUUCCACCAAUUUUAUAAGUCGCGUCGAUCGGUGGCACAGAAAAGCGCUAUCUACCGCCAAAUCAAACCGAAUGAAAAUUCAAUAACGACCUUAUUAGAAGCACAUUAAAUUCAAAUUCUAAAAACAAAAAAUCUCUUGCUAUCUCGCUCAUAAUAGAGUGCAGUUCAGUUCGCGGGUUCAAAUGACCUACCUUGUAUCCAAUUUGAAAAUAAAUCUAUUCUAUGCUAUUCUAUAGACUUAAAUGUUUCGGGCCAUAUAUAAAUUGAGACUUCUGCGCAGCGACAUCGGUGUAACUUAUAAAGUGGUAACAUCGUAUCUCCUUGACUGAAUCUACUUAUACGUUGUACACAAAAUUUGAAAAACCUUAGGUUUAAUUAAAUAACUUAGCUAAACAUGGCAAUGUCUUGGCCGACAAGAACAUAGUCUAAAUAACAAUAUUUACAAGUAUUGCAAUAUACAAAUAAACUACUACAAUAUUUCGUUCUAGGCGCUUUUAUGCUCCUUCGUGACUUUACGAGACAAAUAAGAUUUUAAAUUUAGUUCAGACUUGGUUUUUCACUCGUUGGGAAACCAAUUUCGUAACGGUUUUUUAUUGUAGGAAUCGCCGGCCUGUCCAUGACGAUCAUAGUAACACAAAUAUAUAAAACCGAGGUACUUUUAAAAAGCCCGUUACAUAAUCUACCUGAGUAUAUAUAUUUUAGUACGUGCAUGAUAAUUAUUGAUCUGAAUACGUGUAUAUCAGUAAAUAAGCGUAUGUUUAUUUGUGUAGCCUUCGAACAACUGUACAAUAUUAACAUGGUAGUCAAAUA